CAGCUCAGCUCAGUGCCCGCCAAGUAUACAAAUAACACGGCAUUCUGGGAAAUGUAAAGACCGCUGCGUGCUUCUUCCUGAAGGGGACAACUGCUGCAGCUGUGGUUUGCGUUUGCUAAAGUUCGUCCACAUCUCACGACACGCGCUUACUAAUAAAGGUUGACCACCGACCUGUCAGAUUGCUUAACAGGGGUACGUUUUAUUCAAAGAUUAUGUCUGGGACAGACACAAACGGAGCAAGUGGUGAUUUCGUUGACGCAAGGCGAGAGGAUGAACCAGGGUGUGGUCAGGCUUCGGCUGCCUCUUCAGAGUCCAUGCAGGUGGACGCCAAGGCCACAUCCCACUCCUUCCGCUACAGCCUGAGCUUUCCCAGUAUGGGCCACUGUAUCAUUAUCAACAACAAGAACUUCGAUCGCAGCACAGGUAUGAAUGUGCGGAAUGGCACUGAUGUGGAUGCUGGGAAUGUCAUGAAGGUGUUUGGCAAGCUUGGCUAUAAAGUCAAGGUGUUUAAUGACCAGAGUGUGGAUCAAAUUUUACAGAUAUUAACAGCAGUUGCCAGGGACGACCACAGUCGCUGUGCCUCAUUGGUGUGUGUACUGCUGAGCCAUGGGGACGAGGGUGUGUUUUUCGGUACGGAUCGCUCCAUAGAGUUGAAGACUCUCACCAGCCUCUUCAGGGGGGACAGGUGCACUUCUCUGGUGGGAAAACCCAAGCUCUUCUUCAUUCAGGCAUGCAGAGGAACUGAUCUGGAUGGAGGCGUUGAGGAGGACAGCUCUCCUGACAGCUCUCCCCAGAGAAUACCAGUCGAGGCUGACUUCCUGUAUGCCUUCUCCACAGCACCGGGGUACUACUCCUGGAGGAACACCACCACUGGAUCCUGGUUCAUACAAUCUCUUUGUGACAUGUUCACGAAGUACGGCAGGGAGCUGGAACUGAUGCAGAUUAUGACGCGUGUGAACUUCAAGGUGUCGCGGGAAUUUGAGUCUGUGUCCAACAUGCCUGGCUUUGAUGCCAAAAAGCAGAUCCCCUGCAUCGUGUCUAUGCUAACCAAAGAGAUGUACUUCACGUCUUAAAGGUGUAAGAGUCUCAACCAGUUACUUCAGGUGGUGUUGCAAUUUUUAGGUGUUUUUUUAUUAUUAUUAUUUUUGGGUUAUGAUAGAAAUAUUUCAGAGAUGAUGCUGUGAUUUUAAACAGCAUGCACUGUUUUCAUUACGGAAGUGAGUGAGUGGCAUUUUGUAUUUGAUCGUCCUUAGCUUUGAUCAUGGCACACAUUUGCUGUGGCAUUGCUUUCACCAAAAAUCGUGUAUUGAUGAUGGCAGAGUCUGAAUACAGUGAAAAGCCUUCUCUGGUACAUCUCGAGGAGUAACAUGGUAACUCACAAUAUUCAUAGUGAGCUGAUUUCAUUCUUUAAGGUGAAAUGUUUAAGUGACUUAAAGUGACCAAAUUUAAGUGACUGCCGAUGCCAGUGAUGUGAUCCCUGUCAAAGAGACUGACCUCUUUUCCACAACCACAUCUUUUGUCAUGGUUGUUUAAGGCGUUGCAUAGUAUUUAGAGACUCUGCCAUCCAGGGCUGGAUUGUCCAUAAGGGCCAGUAGCACAGUGCCCAGGGGCAUCGGCCAUUUUUAACCAGUGAGGGGGCACCACUUGACACAAAUAUAACAAAUAUUGCGUCAAGUGGUGGGCACCAGUCAGGUAUGGUGGCUUAAUAUUGGCUUAAUAUAACCCUGCUGUCAUCAACAACAAUAUCUCUGAAAAAUGAAUGCCACACGAAAUGGAAAGGUGUGCCAUAAUCAAAGCUAAAGGUAGCCACACACACACACACACACACACACACACACACACACACACACACACACACACACACACACACACACACACACACACACACACACACACACACACACACACAGGGGGGACAAAGGGGUAAUUUGUCCUGAGCCCAGGUAGAGAGAGGGUCCAAUUUUGGGUUUCCAUUACAUUGUAUGUAUUGGAUAGAUAGGGGGCCCUUUCAGGUGACUUUGUCCUGGGCCCAGCAAAAGCUGUCAGCGGCCCUACACACACACACACACUUGUGUAUGUAUACUGUAUAUGUAUGGUUUUUUUUGCAAGACAAGGAUCUGUAUUGUAUAUUGGGAGUAAAAUACCACCCUCUGAUCCACUAUUCAUCAUGUUGUCUUAUGAGGGCAUUCUCCACGCUUGAAAUGAAUGCACUAUGAGCUCAAACUCUGUAAUAUCUGUUUUUUUUACCCUCUAUUAUAACCAGGCUAUUUAUUAGAGAAAUGUAUGGGGUUCUAUGCCAUGGGAUAGAGACGUUUGGGCUUUUAACUUGUAAUGUCUGUAUAGCAUAACACAUCAUUGCAGGAGGGGGUAUAUGAGCAAAGGUACUGGAGGCAACUGUAAAAACCAAAGUUUGGUCACACGUGUGGUUCAGUUUCAGGUCUGCUGAGCUCUUGUGGUUACAGAAUGGUUUUCUACAACAAACAUCAUACAAUCAGUCUGCUUUGUAUGUUUGUAAACUGAUGUGGUUGGGUCUAAUACAUGCACAGGAUAUGUUUAAAAUCAAUUUGCAGCAAGUUUCAAUGUCUGUGCCUUAUAUAAUUAACAUUCCUAAAUGUGCAGGUUUUGAAGACAAUCAGACCGUGAAAAGGAUGCUGAAAUUGAUUACAAAGGACUAUAGUCAACCCUGUCUUGCCCCAUUUAAUCAGGGGGCCAAUUCUGAAAUUCUGUGAAGACUUUUGCUGCCAUGUUGGGUUAGAAUAUGACAAACAUUUUUGUUGCUGUUGUUAUAAACAACCCAAGUGUAAAAUUCUUAGAUGGUAGUCAGGCUGACUUUUUUGUGUAAUUGGGAGCUAUUUUAGGCCAAUUUUGUGUGUGUUUUUUCUCACCAUGGCGUAGCCAUACCGAUAGUAAAUAGUGAUUAUCUCAACAAAUGGAAGCUUGUCAGAAUGAAAAUGUUUGUUACAGUACAUGAGAAAGGGAUAUGUAAACAUCUGUUUCCAGUGUGGUGAUGUCAAUUAAAGCUUACUGGUAGAAGUAGA